AUGGGCGUCAUCCGCAAAAAGACUGUCAACAGGGGAGGUGAAGGAGGUGUUAAGUACGUCUGCGAUGCGUGCUCCGUCGAUAUUACAUCUACUGUUCGAAUACGCUGCGCUGACCCAGCGUGCACCGAUUUCGAUCUUUGCGUCUCCUGCUUCGCCAAGGGAGAGGCGCGCAACGCGCACGACCCCGCCACCCACGCCUUCCGCGUCAUUGAACAAAACUCAUUUCCGAUUUUCGACGAAGAAUGGGGCGCAGACGAGGAAUUGCUUCUCAUUGAAGGCGCUGAGAUUUACGGGCUCGGAUCCUGGGCGGAUAUCUCGGAUCACAUUGGCGGUUUCCGCCAGAGGGACGAAGUUCGCGACCACUAUCUCAGGACCUACGUUGACUCCCCCUGCUUUCCGCUCCCGAAGCGCUGCAGCCCACACGAUAACGAGCUGGCCAAGGAGAUUCCUAGAGAAGAGUUUCAAGCUCGCAAGAAGCGCAGGAUUGAGGAGCGCCGGGAGACAGCUAAGAAUGCCCCUGCCUUGCAACCCAAAACAAAGCCGACGGCCUCUGUACCGAGUUGUCACGAAAUUCAAGGAUACAUGCCCGGCCGUCUCGAAUUCGAGACGGAGCACGCCAAUGAUGCCGAGGAGGCGGUACAACUCAUGCAAUUCGAUCCUGGCGAUGGCGUGAACCCCAAAACAGGAGAGUUGGAACCAGAAAUGGAGCUGAAACUCACAGUCAUGGAGGUGUAUAAUUGCCGGCUCACACAAAGAGUGGAUCGCAAGAAAGUCAUUUUCGAACACAAUUUGCUCGAUUACAGAGAAAAUCAAAAACUAGACAAGAAGAGGACUAAGGAGGAAAGAGAUAUGAUUCAAAAGGCGAAACCUUUUGCGCGCAUGAUGAACUGCAAAGACUUUGAUGACUUGUGCCAAGGCCUGGUUGACGAGGCCAACCUCCGACAGGCCAUUGCGCAGCUACAAGACUGGCGCAGUCUCAAAAUCGGCGAUCUACGCAGUGGCGAAAAGUACGAAGCUGAAAAGGCGGCGAGAAUACAAAAGGCCAUUCCCAUGGGCUCCAUGGACCGCGAACGUCUAGCCUCCACCCAGCGCAACAAGCAAGCGACGGUACCUGAGCCUGCCAGCGGCGCAGCUCUCCUUGUCGCGCCCGAGUUGCCUGACCACAUCAACCAGAGCACAGCGGACGGCGACAGCAAACCGCCCGUGAACGGACAGGCCAAUGGUGUUGUUGUCACGAAUGGCCACGCAGCAGCAAUACCGCCGCGACCAAAAUACGUCCCACAGCCCAUCUCAGGCGUGCAGUCGCUACAUCUGACGCAAGACAAUGCGCCAGAUCUACACUUACUCACGCCAGACGAGGCCAAGCUGUGCGAGGUGAUUCGCUUGCAGCCCAAGCCGUACCUCAUGAUCAAAGAGCAAAUACUAAAGGAGGCUCUCAAGGGGAACGGUGCGCUGAAGAAGAAGCAGGCAAAAGACAUUUGCCGUCUAGACUCGCAAAAGGGCGCCAGGAUCUUUGACUUUUUCGUCAAUGCCGGCUGGGUUGGUAAGGCCUAA